CCGUCAUCCUCAAGGCGGUGCUGCCGGCCGAGCGGGAGGGCGAGCCCGAGACAGUGGCGGGCAUGGCCAUCUGGGUGCAGGCCUCGUUCAUGGCGGGCCACGGGGUCGCGCCGGUCGAGGACCUGGGCGCGGCCGUCGACCUCGAGGCGCUGUACCCGGGUGACGCGGCCGAGCAGCGGUACCUGUGCCAGCUGGAAGCGGCGCUGCACCGCCGCCGCGUCGAGCUCCUGCGCGAGAAGGCCGCCGCCGCCGCCGCCGACCCCGCAGGGCUGGGCCCGCCCGCCACGGCCGCCUUCGUGCUGGACCUGUGCGCCGUCGACCCGGCCUACCAGCGCAGGGGCAUCGCGCGCGCCCUGGUGCAGUGGGGGCUGGACGAGGCGGAGCGGAGGGGGGGUAUCGAGUGCAUCACCGAGGCGUCCAGCAUGGGAAGACAGGUUUAUCUGCAGAUGGGCUUCAAGCAGGAGGGUGGCGAGAUGGUGUAUGCCGUCGACGAGUUCAAGGAUCGCACCUUGCCGUCUAAUAUAUUCUUGCGGACGGGUCCUCCUGGACAGUAGCUUCAUUUUGUGUUGGAUAAUCGCUGUGUGUGGUAGGAGCUGAUAGUCAUCCAGGCUGACUCCAGGUCCUACAUCUUAGCCAUACAAUUAUACCCAAUACAAGGCAAGAGAACUUGAUAUGCAAGAUGCCCGCACGAUUGCCAAAUAAAUGAUGAUA